AUGUCAAAGUUUUUCAAAGGAGCAGUUUCAAGUUCAGAUUCUUCCGGGAGUGAAAGUAGCGAUGAAGAAGCUUUUGUGCCGUCCAAACCACUUACGCGACCUGGUUUCGCUUAUCCUUCAGACAGUGAGGAGGAAAGUGAAAGAAGGGUUGUUAAAGCUCAUAAGGAUCGAAAGUUUGAAGAGCUGAAGGAUCUUAUAAAGCAGGCGAAGAACUCAAAAAACAUAAAGGACAUGUCAAAACUUCUUACAACGUUUGAAGAAUUGUGUAGAGUCUUUGAAAAGACGAAAGCGGUGCUUACGCGUCAAGGAUUAUCUACUCCUCGUUUUUAUAUUCGAAAUCUUGUUGAGCUUGAAGAUUUUGUAAAUGAACAGUGGGAAGACAAAGAGGCUCGAAAAGGAUUGUCUAAAUCAAACUCAAAGGGUCUAGCAGCGCUUAGGCAAAAAAUUCGGAAGUAUAACAAAGACAUGGAAGUGGAAAUUGCUUCCUAUCGGUCUGAGCCCGAUCCUGUUGGGUACUCAAGUGCAGAUGUAGAUGAAGAAGACGAAGAAGAUGUUCAGCUUAUUUUUCUCAGAGAUUUUCAGGGGGAACAAAGCAGAGUGGAAUCAGUUACACAGAAACCAAAACGAAUUCACGAUUUAGAUGAGGACACCGAUGAGUGGCCUUCUGACUCUGAUGCAUCUUCUGAAUCGGAAUCUGAUCUUGAUUUUGAAGGGAAACAAAUGGAGGAACUAAGACGAUUUUUUUUAAAGAAAGAAUACAAAGAAGGUGGAGAAACAGAAGGUAAAGAAAAACGUCAGUAUGAGAGGGCGCAACGACAGAAGGAGCGUGAGGCGAAAGAAAGAACAGACGAGGCAGAAGAUGAAGAAUGGGUAAGCGUCCCGACGAAAGAAGAAAAAAUGCGUCAAUUGUUCGACCCAAAAACCGAGAUUACCCACGAUGUUGUUAUUAACAAACUGCAAGAAAUUAUUGCUACUCGUGGAAAAAAAUCGACAAACCGCAAGCAUCAUGUCAGAAGUUUGCAGGAACUAUUUCGAAUCGCGGAAGAACACAAGCUUGGUGAAGGUCUUUUAAUUAAAAUUCUAUUUUCAAUUAUAUCUGCGCUGUUCGAGUUAAACACACGUAUUAGUGACUGUAUGGAGUAUUCUUCAUGGAGCAGGACGCUAGGUGCUAUUAACAGCUUAAUAGAUAUGUUGAAUGAUAAACCGGACAUCAUUCUUUCGGUAUCUGUCAGUGAAGAUGACGAGAACGUGCGAGACGCUUCUGUUCCUUAUCGUGUUCACGGUUCUGUUUUAAUGACAGUGCAACGUCUUGAUACGGAAUUGAUAAAAAUCCUCCAAAAUGCCGAUUGUCAUAGCACAGACUUCAUUGAAAAACUGAAGGGAGAAAAGGAUCUUUGCGUUCUUAUUGGUAAGACUAUGGAUUACGCUAAUCAGAGGUUGGAUAAAGAUGUCUUUGUUGAAGACGAGAUUUGCAAACUUUAUAUGUUGAAAAUCGACCAUCUUUAUUAUAAAUAUGAAAGUGAAGAAAGUAUUGAAGACGGGCAGGAGUCUUCAAUUAUUACUAUGGAAAGGCUCUGUAAGGAGGUAUACACUCGAGAUGAAAGCAAACGAUUGAGACAGCGAGCUAUGCUGUGUCAAAUUUACCAUUUGGCAUUACACGAUAAGUGGCAUCAAGCCCGUGAUUUAAUGCUAAUGUCUCACCUUCAAUCUAUAAUUGAUCACUCAGAUAUUAGUACCCAAAUAUUGUAUAAUCGUACGAUAUGUCAGUUAGGUUUGUGUGCUUUUCGUCAUGGCUUCAUUAGAGAGGCUCAUCAAGGACUUUCUGAAAUUCAGAAUACGCAGCGUGCAAAAGAACUGCUUGCACAGGGGAUAGUUAUGCGACAACAAGAGAAAACUGCUGAACAGGAUAAACUUGAAAGGGCUCGCCAAAUUCCGUAUCAUAUGCAUAUAAAUGUUGAACUCAUGGAGUGUGUGUAUCUGAUCUGCUCCAUGUUGCUUGAAAUUCCUCAUAUGGCAUCGCAAGAGUAUGAAUUGCGUCGACGGUUAUUGUCACGGUCUUUUCAUUAUCAAUUAAAGCUGUGUUCGUUAAUUGGUCCACCUGAGAACACACGUGAGCAUGUCGUGGCAGCAUCUCGCGCUAUGCUGAGUGGGGAUUGGAAAAGAUGCAGAGAUUAUAUAGUUAAUGAUAAAAUGAAAGCAAAGGUUUGGAACCUCUUCCGUAAUUCUGAAAAAGUACAGGAGAUGGUUGUGCGAAGAAUACAGGAGGAGACUUUGCACACGUAUUUGUUGAUGUACUCGACAGUGUAUACAACCGUAUCUCUGAACAUGUUGUCGCAACUAUUUGAACUUGAUAAAUGCACUGUACAUUCUAUAAUUAGCAAAAUGAUUAUAUCUGAAGAGUUGAGUGCGAGUUUGGAUGAGCCUUCUGAAUGUUUGAUAAUGCACCGUGUUGAACCGAGCCGGUUGCAACUUCUUGCCCUGCAUUUAACUGAUAAGCUUACUCAACUAGCAGAUAACAAUGAACAAAUCUUGGAACCAAGGGCUGGACGUAGCUAUACCGGCCCGGGGGCAUGGUAUACGCAGCGGCAGGAGCGUUCUGCAGCGGAACAGCAACAGCAGCGCAACAGUAGAAACACCUACCAGGUUAAUUUCUCUUCUGACUAA